CUGAAAAAAUUUCGAGCUGAAAAUGAGAAUAGUCUGAAAAUAUGUGCACCGAAGAUUUGCCGCUUUUUUGAUGUCAAUGACAAUGCGACCAUCUAUUUUUUCGAUCAAUUGAUAGCUUUUCAACAGUGAGUUCUUUUUUUUGGGUUUCUAGGCCAUCAGGAGCUAUUGAUUUGAAGUCGGGGACUAACUUGGAUUCCUAGUCCCUCAAAAAUCAACAUUUUUCUAGAGUCUACACGGUGAUUCAUCGAUACCUUUGUCUUUUUGUGUGUUUUAUUGGUGUCAUUUUGAACUCGCUUCAUUUUUAUGUGUUGACGUGA